AUGAUUCAGCAUGGUCAUUUUGCAAGCGAGGUGAUCAAAAAACGCCUCGAAGAACUUCACGCUUUAUGGGACAAGCUGUUCUUCAAACUAAAAGAUAAGGGUAUUAAGCUUCAACAAGCACUAAAAUUACUUCAAUUUAUUCGACAGUGUGACGAGUUGCUUUACUGGAUUAGGGAUAAGGAGGCUUAUGUGACUGCCGAAGAUAUGGGUAUGGAUCUGGAGCACGUAGAA